CUAUUUACGCGUAAACUAUCAUGCAAGACUCGGAGUGACAGGAAUGACGCAAUGCUAUGUUUAGGCAGUUUUUAAAAGGAAAAUGUCGGCAAUACAUGAAUCGUUCACAAGGCGACGUUCCUGUACUUUAAUCUUAAACUAUCCCAAACAUUAAUUUUGAUAGAUCUGUGGAAAGGCUGUGAGUGAUGUCGCUCCGACACGGCUUACAAGCUAUUGUUCGCGUGGUUCGGCGAAGGGUGCAGCAACAAGCACAACAGCACACCCACGGUCAUGCAGGCCGACAAAAGGCCGAUGCUCCGACAUUAAAUCCCGCUCAGCACUACCACAGUAGCGGACCGACUGGACCAAAUGUUGUUCUUCGUCCAAAGUCACAAAAUCUGGCAAAUAGGGCCGCCCAGGUAUGGCGACUGACACCCGGUUCCUGGUCUCGAAUUACUCUUGCAAAUGGGACUAGAACUGUCCCGUCUUCAAGACCAGUGUUGCCAUUAUUGCUUGGAUUUGCAGGAAUUGGAUUUGUCAGCCAAGACCAAGUCCAAGAUUCUCCACAAGAUGGUGAAGCCGGUAUUGCUGCAAGAAGUGGCAUUGAUCUUGAUACAGCAAUACAGGUUGUGCAGACUUCUCUUCAGUCUGUCUUCAAGAACCGUGACCUCAAACCAGAUCACUUGAUGGAUCACCCCUUCACUGAGUUCCCAUCCAAACUAACUGGUUACACACUCUCUAAAACCACCCUCGCAAAGGGUACUGAGGGCGUCGUCUUUGGUGCUAAGAAGCGAUGUAGCGUUCCUUCACCUGAGGGAGAUGUAGAGUUUGCUGAUCCCUGCGACAAAGACAUGCCCAUGUCCGCUGAUCAGCAGAAAAAUGGAGGGCGUGGAGAGCAGCGAAAUGAAGAGUUGCCAAUUUGUGACGAUAAAGAGUGCAAUUUAGCCUUAAAGAUGAUGUUUAAUUACAAUGUUGGAUCCACUCCUGCUGACAUCAUGGCAGAAUAUGAGGCUGAACAGCUCCCUCUUGUGAUGGCUGGAGGGACAUUCUGUCAAUCCAACAAGUUCAAGCACGAGAGACCUAAUGGCAGCCUUCGUUCAAGUCACCCAAACAUUGUUCUUAUGCAUCGAGCCUUUGUGGAUGAUGUGCGUGUGCCUAGUCUCAGCUCUGCAGUCUCUUUGUUUGAUGUGGCAUUGCCUGUGAGGCUCAACCCUAUGGGGGCUGGGGCAGACACUACCAUGUACAUAGUCAUGAAAAGGUACAGAACUUCCUUGAGGGAUUACUUGAGCAUGGAAUGUGACCUGCCAGACCAUACUGUCAUGGUCAUCGUGGCGCAGUUACUUGAAGCUGUUGGUUACCUUGGAAACCAGGGUGUGGUCCAUCGUGACCUCAAGAGCAACAACAUUCUUGUUGAUUACGAGGAAGCUUCUGGAGCAUCACCACAUGUAGUCAUAGCGGACUUUGGAUGUGCGCUUUCAUUACGCGGGAGAAACCUCCAGGAUUCUGUGAGUGUCGAAGACCGGAAUAGGCAAGGCAACUCAGCACUAAUGGCUCCCGAGGUAACAAAAGGAUACCAUCACGAUUGUCUCCAUUACCAUGACUACCUGAAGGCAGAUGCGUGGGCAGUUGGAGCCAUCAUAUAUGAAGUUUGCGGUCAAAAAAAUCCAUUCUAUUCUGAUGGAGUGAACAGCUGUGGGUAUGAAGCUGGCGAUCUUCCCCAACUCCAAAGUCAAGCUGUGGGACUGAAGAUAAUUUCUAAGCUUCUCCUACAAAAAGAUCCAGGAGAGCGACCAUCAGCUCAAGUGGCUGCCAACAUCCUGCAUCUGCUGUUAUGGCAACCAUCAGUCAGCAGUCUCCUCCGGCUCUGUCACAGCCAGUCUCAGAUGGAUAGCGAGCUGUCGGCCUGGAUUAUCAAGGUCUCUCUGAUGCAGCUGGUGCAAGACCAGGCAGAAAAGACACUCCCUUCGACCCGGGCAGACCCUGGUAUUCCCUUGAACCCAGUUGAGAAAGGUCUGUUGGAGACGUUCUUGAAACGUGUCAAUUCCGGCCAUCUGAUCUGUGCCACGCAACACCUUGUCAAAGCGUUUGAACCUCUAGCAUUGUUUGCAGUAUCAUCACUGCCAGUGGGAAGGGAGCAGCUGACAGAUCUUUCAUCAAAUGCAGAUCGUUUGUGACCCUUCAGGCUUAACCCUUUAAAUACUAAGGGUUUUUAAAAAUAUUUAUUUGUCUAAGCAGAGUUGCCUGUUCAGUUUAACAAAUUGCUAUCCCUGAGGGCCUUGCACAAUAAAAACAACAUACAUAAAAUAUUUACAGACUUAUAAAGUACGAAUUGAACACAUAAAUAAUAUAAGAAACAGAGGUUAUGAAAACAAAGGUAAAUAACAUAACAAAAAAUAUGAAUACAUUAUUGUAAAGUGUAACUAAUUAUAAACAUAUGGUAUGAUCAAAACUUCCGAUUUACAAAUUAUUAAAUAGGCUAAAUGAAUUUAACUUCCUUCUUCAAAUCGGCAACUGUGAUAUUUCCUUCCCUGUUACACCACUUCUACAGUAAGUCAUCGUCAUCUUCUUCUUCUUUUCCUUUCUUUUCCGUAUCCUCUUAUAUGAAUUUUCCAUUGUCGCUUUCUACUACUACUACCCAUACCUUUUCCCCUCUCAGCCUUUUAUCACUCUUCCUCUGUAAAUCUCUCCCACUCUUAAUUUCAAUAAGUUACAUUGUAUUUGCAAACGUUACUCCUCACCUUUCAGUUUUACUCUCGAUUUUUUUCCACCACAUACACUUGCUCCAUUUACCGCAUAUUGCUUUACUUUAGUCCUUCUUUCACAUGAUUUCAGUGGUAUUUAAUUCAGAUUUCUUUCUAAUUUAUGUUUCCAUAUGUUGCAAUAAGCUAUAUUUCUCGUAUUUAUACUGAUAUAUUUUACAAAUUCAAUAUAUCAUGUUAUGCUUUGCUCAUUAUAUUACAUCAUGUGUUAUUAUUUUGUUUGUAAA